GCUCGACAGAAAGCCAAGCCGCGAAGGAUCAAAAUCGUGAGGGGUUGUUUGCCGAUUGUCAUGAUACUCUGCGCUCGUUUGACCCCUCGCUAACGGGUCCUCUCGGGGAAAUGUAAUGGCUGGUGCGAGGAUAGGGAGAUAUAAAGUCCUGCCUAAUCCCUGUCCAAAGGAAGAUGCAUCAGACCAUAAACUUCAGAUCGGUAUACGGCACAAUGCUGACCCACCUCGUGUUGACAGUCGUAGCCUUCUGGGCCGCCAGUCCGGUCACUGCCAGUUAUGCCUUCUACGUCGGCAAAAACCUCACGGCCGACGGCAGCACCAUGAUCGGUGGCACCGGGGAAGAAGUAUCAAGCCACUGGCUGCAGCUGUUCCCCGCACGCGACCAUCCACCCAACGCGACAAUCACCGUGGGCGUCACCAAAGACGCCAGCUUCCCCGGGGAGCUCAUCCAAAUUCCCCAGGCCAACCACACCUUCCGAUACCUGAGCAUGGAGUACUCGGACUACGAGGGAUUCCCGGCCCCGCUAACCAAUGGCGGCCUCAACGAAAAGGGGGUUGGCGUUCGGGACGUCUGGGCCGAUAACCGGGAAGAGCUGCUGGAGAUGACGCCCAAUCCACAGCACGGGCUGCAGUACAGUGACCUGGCGCGCAUCGUCAUGGAGCGGGCGAGCACCGCCCGCCAGGGAGUGGAGCUCAUCGGAGAGCUGAUUGCCAAGCACGGGGAAUCGACGUAUGGCGGCAACUCUCACCUCAUCGCCGACCAUGACGAGGGCUGGAUUGUCUGGGAAAUGGCCGGAGGCGCCGGACUCUGGGCGGCGCAGCGCCUGGGUCCCAACGAGGUCAAGGUCCUGUAUCCGGGGUACAUCGAGGAGUUCCCGGUCAACUUCCAGGAUAGCCCGGAUUACAUGGGUUCCCAGGAUAUCGUGUCCUUUGCGGUUGACCGAGGCUGGUGGAAUGCUAGCUCCGGCAAGCCGUUCAACAUUUUUGACGUAUACGGACCGCAAGACCCCCGGUACCGCGCCCGUGACGGCGGAUACAAGUUCAUGUCACAGGCUGCUCUCGAAAAUGCCACACGUCAGAUGGCCCCCGUGACGGAGGAGGAUCUCAUGGCCCGCGUCAGAGAUUAUCGGAUCGCGGAUGACGAGGCCGGGUACGGUCAAGUGGUUAGUCUGCGUGCUGGCAUCGAUCGAGACAUGCUUCGCAUCUGGAUUGCGCCCACCGGAUCCGUCGCCGCGCCGUUCAUCCCGUACUGGCUCGGGGUUCAUUCCAUCCCCGCCGAGUUCGGGGCCCAUCGAUACUUGACCACAGGGGCCUCCAGCAGCUUUCUCAACCCGGACUAUCAGUUGCAAGAAGUCUCCAUUUUUGCAGGCCGGGUCUUCAAGCGAGUUCUCUACUAUAUGUGCUCCUCGCCGCGCCUGUAUCUUCCCUUGGUGAGGGACAUGCUGACCCGGUUCGAAUCCGAAUCUCGCGCCCAGGUUCAGGACUGGGUAGAGCAUUCCGCCCUGCUCCUGCUCCAGGCUGGCCGGCGGAAAGAGGCGCGGCAAAUGCUGACCUAUUAUUCUCAUUCUCGAGCAGCACAGGCCCUUGAAAUCGGUCACAAGCUGAACAACGCUCUCGAUGGGUACAUCAAGCUGACAGGACAGUGGCGCACACCGAAGGGUAGUGGGAUCAACGAUAGUGGGGAGGGCGAAGAAACGGUCAAUUGUUUGGUUGGAUACGAUCCCGAUCAACCUAGUGACCUGUAUUCUGUGGUUGGCAGGAGCAAGAUGUUUUGAGACUACCUGAAGUCGUCUAAAAUGACAAUGCCCGCGGUUGGGUCCUCGCAGCAAGCUACAUGCAGAAUAGGAAGAGCAAAUCAUGGCGAAUAAGGGGAUAGAUGUUAGGGGUGCAUCCAUGAUGGACGUUUGUUAUAUCAGUCCACCUGGAACCACACCAGCCAGGCCAGCCGCAAGCCUCGCCCGGCCACGCGUAAUGCCGUUGGCCGCACUUCCCACGGAAUC